AUGCCACCGCUGCACCUACUCGCGCUGCUGCGUCAAUGGCAAAUGCAACAUCGAAGACGCGCUCGCAUUUACAGGCCUCGAAUUCAUAUUCUUGGCUUCACAGACACAGAAUGCCUUCAGAGAUUUCGCCUGGACCGAGCAGCGAUACUCUACCUGUGUCAACUGCUGGAUGACCAGCUAUCCAGCCGCAGUGUCCAUCCCCAUAACCUGCCUGUCCUCGUGAAGGUCUGUGCUGCGCUCUCGGUCCUGGCGUCUGGGUCUUUUCAGAGAGUGGCGGGUGACGCCAUUCAUAUCUCACAGGCGUCUGUGUGUAGGUGCCUCAACCAGUUUAUUGAGGCCAUGUUGCUGCACACCGGCCGCUUCAUACAAUUCCCCACAACAGCGGCCGAACGACGUGCCAUCAAAGCGGGGUUCUACAGGGUCGCCGGGUUCCCCAACGUUUUGGGGGCCAUUGACUGCACCCACGUCUCCAUCAGAGCCCCAGCCGCCAAUGAGCACGUUUAUCGAGAUCGACGUCGUCGGCAUAGCAUGAAUGUCCAGGUAGUGUGCGACCACACCAUGCUCAUAACAAGCGUGUGCGCCAAGUUCCCUGGCUCGGCUCACGACGCGUACAUUCUGCGCAAUUCCACUUUGCACCCAAAAAUGGAAAGGCUGGCCAACAAUGGCGUGUGGCUGAUUGGGGACCGGGGCCAUCCUCUCAUGCCCUGGUUGAUGACCCCGUUUGUCAACCCCCCCACGGCCGCUGAGGUGCGCUACAACAAUUCUCAUGCGAGCACAAGGUCCAUCAUCGAGCGCACCUUCGGGGUCCUGAAGAGUCGCUUCAGGUGCCUAGACGACUCGGGUGGUUGCCUGCUGGUAACCCCAGGUAAAGUGUGCCGCAUGACCACCGUGUGUUGUAUGCUUCACAACAUGGCAGUAAGAAGACGACUCCCAAUGCCAGUGGUCCCACCGCAGGACCCACAGGAUCCCGAUAUGGAUGAGCCUGAUGAGCAGCCGGUGGGGAGAGCUGUAGAAGUUCGGCAACAGAUUGUCGACCAGUAUUUCCGGUAA